CUCUUACAUUGUUAGUAGGAGAAUAAUUAAGUCACUCCUUUCACAUACGUGCAUGUCACCACAUCCUGAGGGCGGAUGAGAGUUUCUCCUGCUACUCAGAAGUGCCAGUGUUACUUCCAGGCUGGCAAAUGUGGACCAAAAGCAUCUAGUACCACCGUUAUAGUCCUCAGCCAUCCAGUCAAAUACAAAGAUCAUCAUAUUGAUCAUUUCCGUCUUCUUCUGCAUCUGCCUGGGCAUCCUGGUCCUUUGGAAAUUAGGCAUCGAGGAAGAAUGCUGAUGCUGCAAAUGAACAGGCGAGACCCCUGCAUGCUACCUGUGGAAGGAAGUGCAGUGAGAGUCAGCAUGCAUCUGGGCAGGCAUGUCAAGCACUGUGUCAAGGCCACGGGAAUGGCGUGUAAGGCACCACACAAAACCACAAGCCUGGGCACCUGCAUAAGGACUCCAUCUGGACACCGAUGUGCUCCCUCUCUGGGCUACACAUUCACAGUCACUCCUAAUGGACAACCGUGGUGUGAAAUUCAAGGCCAGGUCAAUGGGAACACAUUUCUUCAUUAUACCUGUGGUGGCAACAAGGUCAGACUCAUCAGUGUUCUGGAGAUGAAUGCCACACAGGCCUGGAGUGAACAGAGAGACGCUCUGCAGUACGUGGUGGAAGAGCUCAAGAAGACCCUGCUGGACAUUAAAGCAGAGAUUCCUGCAACCAGCGGUCCUCUCUCCCUGCAGGGCAGCAUGAUGUGUGAGCAGGAAUCCAAUGGACACACCACUGCAUCCUGCGAGUUUGGAUUGGAUGGACAGAUAUCUCUCCGCUUUGACACAAAGACUGGACACUGGACAGUGCUGCACGGUGAAGGCAUUCUGCUAAAGCAAACAUUGGCGAGUGACAGAGCUAUGAUCGAUCUCCUGGUUAGGACCUCAGCUGGAGACUGUAGGAAGUGGCUUCAGCAAAUUUUGUGUCCCCUGAGCACACAAGCUGCACCAACCACUGCCACAGCCACAGUCCCGUCCAAGGCCACAACCAACACGCCCAUCACUUCGGUCCUCCCUGUGAUCCUCAUCUGCGCAAUCAUAGUUGGCAUCUUAGGCUGGGCCCUUAGAGUAAAAGGUCCUGGGGGCAUAAUUACAGGUACCAUGACAGGUACUGUUGAUGGCACAAGCACUUCCUGAGCAGCACUUCAAAACGUAUGAAGUGGAAAAUUGGGUCUAUGAAUAUUUUGCCUCAAAACAAGGAACGUUCUAUUGGGACAGUAUCCA